GGUAACAAUGUCAGUACACAAACGUUUUUAUUUUUUAAGUCAUUAAUGUCCAUUAUGAUACAAUGUUUUAUUUGAAUUGUAAGAAAAGUUUGCAAAAAUGCCGGAGCUACCGGAACAAAUGUAUUGUUCUCAACAAAUCUGCAUCCCCCCUUCGUUUCCCUAUCUUUUGAGACAAUUUUGUAAAGCUGCUAUAAGAACUCAACCUGCUGAUUUAUUAAGAUGGUCGGUGGCCUACUGGAGAUGUCUUUCAUUAAACAUUCCUCCUCCUGUAAAACCCCGUCUUGAGUAUCCCCUUCCUCAAUGUCGAAUUGGAAUAACACCAGGAUGGCUCAAAGCGCUCCUUCAUCAACUGCAAGGAGCCAUCACCAUCACCUUCCCGGUACUUUGGGAUCGUUGGAUAGGAGCCUGUAUGGAACAUGACGCUCUCAUAGAAGUCUUGGUCCUUGGAGGAUUCACAGAACCUUAUAACAUUUCCUGGUUCCAUUUUGUAGGAAUGUGUGCUGGAUAUUUAACAGAAAGUUUGACAAAAACGAUGAUAUUAGUGUGCGAAAUUUUGACCGAAGAGCCUGAUGGUGGAUCAGCAAUGAUUCCUCUGGAAAUCUUUUUGACCAUUUACACGUUUUUGGCUGCAAUAGAAGCAGGCAAAGGUCAAAUGCUAAAAAAUCUUUAUUUCACUGACGAUCUUUUGGAUUUGAUGCGAGAGGAGAAAGCCAAAAAGUUGAAGGUUGCUAAAACACCAUCUACGAUAACUGAAGAAGAAAUAGCAAUCAUUGAAGAAGAAGAAGAGGCUGUGGCCGAAGAAGAAGUCAGCGAGAAGAUAGAUUUGACAAAAGAAGUCUCGUGUCCUGAUAUCGUAUCUGAUGAGUUCAAACCGGAAGAAGAAGAAACAAUCGAAGCUUUAGAGAAAGCCCAAAGACAAGAACAAGAAAAGGCAGAAGGGAUGCUUUUUGGACCAACUGACAUGGAAGAAAUGCCUGCUGAAGUAACUGGAGAAGAGGAGGGCGAGGAAGAAGAAGAAGCCGAAGCGGAGGAAGAACAAAUUGUAGACGAAGAGUUUGCUGCACUGUUUACAGUGGAAGAACAAAAACCAGAAGAAGAAGAAGGAAACGAGGAAGAAUCAGAAGCACAAGUGAAAGAAGUCGGUAGUAAAGAAUCGGUUCCAACCGUGGUUGGAGAUGGAUCAAUUCCCAUAAGAAAAACGGACUAUGAUGCUGCUGAAGCUGAAGCUGCACGACUUAGGGCUUUAGAAAUGCUAGAAAUGGGCGAAGAAGAAGGUGAAGGUAGAGAGGGAGAAUGGGAAGAAUUAGAGAAAUUGAAGAGACGACUGGAGGCUGCAGAGGAAGCAGAAGAGUCAGUGAAAGAAGAAGAACCAUGUAAAAGUAUAACAGAAACUGAAGAAGAAGAAAUUCCGGGAGAAGUCGAAAAGGCAUAUCAGGAAAUCUUUGUUGAUGCGGUACCAGGAAUAGGUCCUGUUGUACCUUGCGAAUUAGUAGAGGCAGUUGUUGAGUACAUGAAGAAAAUGGCAGCAAAACAACACGGUAUGGUAAUGCCCCGAAAUAUUAGGCAUUUUCUGUGCCCCCCUUUGGAAGUUUUGGAAACGUAAACUUACACAUCUUUUUGUUAAAUACUUUUUAUUGAUUCAUUAUUAUACCUAUUUUACUUUUUAGUCAUCUAUUAGGCAUUCACAUUUAUGAAAUGUACACGAAUAAAUAAAAUUUAAA